AUGGCCAUUCCAAGGGGACAUCCUCCUCCCUCUCCUUGGCCUCCUCUCUUCCUCCUCCUCCUCUUCCUUCUCCUCCUCCUCUCCUCACCGCUCCCCCUGCAGGCCCGGCCGCUCCUCCUCCACCCAUCCAUCAACGUGGCGGUGGUGUUCAGUGGCUCCAGCUACCAGAGUGAGGUCAGAGGUCGUCUCAGCGGGGAAAACUUUGUCGACCUGCCCGUCGUGGUGAGCCCGGUGACCGUGCUGGUCAACGACACCAACCCCCGAGACCUGCUGACACGCCUCUGCGAUACCAUGGCAAUGGAGAAGCUACACGGCGUAGUGUUUGAGGAUGAUGUGGGCUCUGGUGCCGACUCUCAGGUGGCAGAAGUGGCACAGAUCCUGGACUUCCUCUCCACUCAGACAGCUCUGCCAAUCGUGGGCAUCAGUGGCGGCUCAGCAGUUGUCAUACCAUACAAGGCUGAGGGAUCCUCCUUCCUGCAGAUGGGAGCAUCUCUGGAGCAGCAGAUUAUCAGCAUGUUCAAGCUAAUGGAGGAGUACGACUGGGGCGAGUUUGCAGUGAUUACCAGCUUGCUGCCGGGCUACGACACCUUUGUAGACAUAGUUGAGUCCUACACAGAUACCUCCUAUUUCCUGUGGAAUCUGCAGGAUAUCUUGACUCUGGAAAUGUCUGUUGGGUCAAAUGACGGGAGGACGAGGCGCAUUCUGCAGCAGGUGGAUUCUCAGGUGCUGAUGGCGUACUGCUCCUAUGAGGAGGCGCAGUACUUGUUUGAACUGGCAUCUGAGGUGGGUCUGCUGGGGCCAGGCUACAUCUGGAUGCUCACCAGUCAGGCCGUCGGCAACCCCGAUAGCCCUCCACCCGUCAGCUUCCCUGUCGGUGUUAUCGGUGUGAUUACGGACCAGUGGAGGAAGAGCUUGAGGCAGAGGGUGAGGGAGGGUGUCGCCAUUGUUGCUAAAGGGGCCGAGAGCUUCAAGAAUCAGUACGGGUUUAUCCCUGAGGGACAUGGUGACUGCAGCAAACUGGCGAAACACUCAGACAACAAUACUCUGUUCAGGCACAUGUUGAAUGUGACGUGGGAAAGGAAAGAUCUGUCAUUCAACAACCAAGGCUUCCUCUCCAAUCCUUCUAUGGUCAUCGUCGCUCUGGACCGGGAGAGACUCUGGGACAAGGUCGGUACGUACGCUCGAGGGAUCCUCCAGGUCCGCUACCCGGUCUGGCCUCGCUACGGCAGCUUCCUGGAGCAAGUGUCCGAUGACCGUCACCUGACCGUGGCCACGCUGGAGGAGCAUCCCUUCGUCAUGGUGGAGAACGUGGACCCGGGCACCGGCACAUGUGUCCGCAACACGGUGCCCUGCAGGCGCCAGUCCAACCACACAGAGAGUGUUAUGGGCCACCCAGAGUCCUACACCAAACUGUGCUGCAAGGGCUUCUGCAUAGACAUCCUGAAGAAACUGUCCCGCACCAUCAAGUUCUCCUACGACCUCUACCUGGUCACCAACGGGAAACAUGGCAAGCUGGUCCGAGGAACUUGGAACGGCAUGAUUGGGGAGGUUGUGUAUAGACGAGCUGACAUGGCCAUCGGCUCUCUCACCAUCAACGAGGAGCGUUCGGAAAUCAUCGACUUCUCGGUGCCGUUUGUUGAGACGGGCAUCAGCGUCAUGGUCGCCCGCAGCAAUGGGACAGUUUCCCCAUCUGCCUUUCUUGAGCCCUACAGCCCAGCAGUUUGGGUUAUGAUGUUUGUGAUGUGCCUGACCGUGGUGGCGGUGACAGUUUUUGUGUUCGAAUACCUCAGUCCAGUCGGCUACAACCGCAGUCUGGUCAGCGCCAAAACUACUGGUGGUCCAACGUUCACCAUCGGGAAGUCAGUGUGGCUGCUGUGGGGCAUUGUCUUCAACAACUCGGUUCCCAUUGAAAACCCUAAAGGGACAACCAGUAAGAUCAUGGUCCUGGUCUGGGCCUUCUUUGCUGUCAUCUUCCUGGCCUCCUACACUGCCAACUUGGCUGCCUUCAUGAUCCAGGAGCAGUAUAUCGACACAGUGUCCGGGCUCUCUGACAAGAAGUUCCAGAAACCACAUGAGCAUUAUCCUCCUUUUCGCUUCGGGACGGUUCCAAAUGGGAGCACAGAGAGGAAUAUUCGCAGCAACUACCCCGACAUGCACAUGCACAUGAUGAAGUACAACCAGAAGGGGGUGGAAGAAGCUCUGGAAAGCCUCAAAACCGCGAAGCUGGACGCCUUCAUCUACGACGCUGCUGUUCUGAACUACAUGGCCGGAAAGGACGAGGGCUGCAAGCUGGUGACCAUCGGCAGUGGGAAAGUGUUUGCCACCACGGGAUACGGCAUCGCUCUGCAGAAGGACUCCCGCUGGAAACGGCUUAUUGACCUGGCGCUGUUGCAGUUCCUUGGAGACGGAGACACCCAGCGCUUGGAGACGGUGUGGUUGUCGGGCAUCUGCCAGAACGAGAAAAACGAAGUGAUGAGCAGCAAGCUGGACAUUGACAACAUGGCGGGCGUCUUCUACAUGCUGCUGGUGGCCAUGGGCCUCAGCCUGCUGGUCUUUGCAUGGGAACACCUGCUCUACUGGAAACUACGACACUCCCUCCGCAAGUCCCACAAACUUGACUGCCUGUUGGCCAUCAGCAGGGGUAUUUACAGUUGUUUCAAUGGAGUGGAGGAACCUGUGCGUUCAUCUGGUUUCGCCAAACCAGACCUGACCUCCAACUACGCUCAAGCCAACAUGCUCAAGAUGCUUCGCACUGCCAAGGACCUGGUCUCCACCGCCAAUGUUGAGACCUCUCUGGACCACGCCACAAAGACCAUAGAGCAGUUGAGUCGUCACGGCGGCAGCUUGCCCGUUCGUAUUCCACAAGUCGCAACGGAGGCCGUGCCAGGAGGAUUUGCUUAUAUUACGGAGAAUCACUGCUCCAUAACCCCACCUCUGAUGGCUGUUUCCUCUCUGAAACAGCAGAGGGGUUUGUCAAGGCCGACGCCACUGCGCUACACGCUCCCGACUCGCUCUACUUCCUGUCUGUAUGACCGUCCACUUCCUGUGUCCAGCCUCAGCAGCCCCCACCUGGCCAUGGGUGAGCCGCUUCCUCAUCAGCACCCGCACCACCACCAGACGACAGGGAGGCUGUACAUAGACACCCAUCCUCACUCGCCCUACAUCCCCUACUCAGAUCUCCAACUACCCGACAUCUACGCCUCUCACCCGUUCUCCUCGCCUCAAAACCAGCAUAUCCAAGCGGGCUUCUCCCGACGGAAAAGGAGGUCCAAGAGUUUCCAGUUUGAGGAUGGGGAUUUAGAGAGGAGAAACCAACGGGACCAGGAAAAGAAUGACAAAAGUCCCGUCUAUUUGAGUGAGCUCAAAGCCAACCACCUCCAAGAGAACCACAUCUCCGCCCCCAGCGUUAACAACAUCUACUCGGGGGAGGGGAAGUGUCCUCGGGUGGAGAACUACAGCUCCUGGCCUCCGGAGGAUCUGAUGCUGAGAGGAAGACGCAGGCACCGCCGACCCUCUUUCCUCAAAGCGACUUGGGGCAGCGAGCAGAUGCGCCAGCUGGACGAAUCCCAGUCAUCCAUGUCCAGCCAAUCCCCCACCACCCUGCCAGACCUGUUCCCGUGCAUUCUUACACCGACCACACCUGCAAAGCCCUACAACCCUGCCCAACUUCGAAACAACCUGUGCCUCCCUAGGAACCAGGCCUACCUCCACAUAAGGGAGGACCAGAGGAGGCCCAAUGGGCGUAAGGGCCCGAAGCUGCGCUACUCACAUUCCACCCACCUCCCCACGUACGGAGAAGCAGUGCGACAUGGGACUGGAUUAGGGCGGGGGAUGGUACGGAGAGCUACCAGCUUGCUUAGCAGACAGUACGCUCACUACCUGAACUCAUACCCUGGUCUACCCCUCUACCACGGCCCCUUAGACCUGCAGCACCACAACCAGGCCUCCAGCAGCCACCCCAGCUCCAGCCCAGUGUGCCAGCUGCUGGCUUGUGGUGGCGGGAGAUGUGGAAGCCAGCGGGCUCUGCUCUACCAGGACAGUGUAUAUGGGGCGUACGGUGUCUAUCAGGGUUCCCAGACUGGAUCAGAGGCCCUGGCAGGUCAGGGUGCAGGGGGCCAGCCUACGGGGAGCCCCUGCGUACUUCGUCCUUGGCGACGGGUGUCCAGUUUGGAGUCUGAGGUCUGA